AUGGCGAAGAAGCGAGACCGGCGAGUAGCGCCGAGUUCGGAUCAUCAUCAAACCCGAGUCAAAACGCCCACUCGAGCGGACCAAUUCAGCGAGUCAUCAGCUUCUGAUCGCAAGCUGAUGACCGUAUUCAUCGUCUUCUUCAUCGUAAUUCCUGCAGUAUCUGUACUCGUAUACCGUAUCAAAUACGCUCCAAAUACGGACGCAUCAUAUCCACAGUUUCAAGAAGGCGGACUCGUUAAAACCGACGUGAAUUAUCAAGAAAUUCUCGACGAGAAUACCAAGGUUUCGAAGAAUGAAUCUCACCGGCAUUAUACAUAUCCUGUAUUGGCCUACAUUACUCCAUGGAAUUCGAAGGGAUAUGACAUGGCGAAGCGGUUUACUAAUAAGAUUACGCAUUUAUGUCCUGUUUGGUAUGAUCUGAAGAGCCAAGGUACUGGGUUAGUUCUGGAGGGGAGACAUAAUGCUGAUAUGGGAUGGAUUUCAGAGCUUAGAAGGAAUGGAAAUGCUCUGGUAUUACCUAGAGUUGUUCUGGAAGCAUUUCCCAAGGAGCUGCUUAAGAAAAAGAAACUGAUAGAUAAAGCUAUUGACGUGAUAAUAUCAGAGUGCAAGGAAAUGGAAUAUGAUGGCAUUGUGCUUGAGUCCUGGUCAAGGUGGGCAGCUUAUGGUGUCUUGCAUGAUCCUGAAAUGAGGAAUAAGGCACUGCGAUUUAUAAAACAACUUGGGCAUGCACUGCAUUCAGUAAGCUCAUCAAGGAAUGGGAAGCAACAUUUACAAUUGGUCUACGUUAUUGGUCCGCCUUAUUCAGAGAAGCUUCAACCUCAUGACUUUGGUCCAGAGGAUCUUCAGAGCUUGCAUGAUGCUGUAGAUGGUUUCUCGUUCAUGACCUAUGACUUCUCAGGUCCUCAUAACCCAGGUCCAAAUGCACCAUUGAAGUGGAUCCGUUUCACUCUGCAGAUCAUCCUUGGCAACAGUGGUGCUCAGGCCCUGGUCAAUAAGAUAUUUCUGGGGAUCAAUUUUUAUGGAAAUGAUUUCAUGCUUUCUGAAGAAAAUCAUGUAUUCCAUGCAAGAAAGAAGCCUGGUGAAGUGCUUUAUCACUUGCAAGAGAGAGGGUUUUACAAGGACUAUUACCUCAACAACACAUUGGAAUGGAGGGCAAAGUGGCUUGGAAAGACAGGGUCUGAGGGUGGUGGAGCAAUCACAGGAAGGGAAUACCUCACUCUACUGGAGAAGCACAAGCCUAAACUGCAAUGGGAAAAGAACAGUGGGGAACAUUUUUUCCUCUACGUUGAUGAUGACCAUGUCAAUCAUGCAGUGUUCUACCCGUCAUUGAUGUCAAUUUCUAUGCGGCUAGAAGAAGCUCGACUACAGGGAGUUGGUAUCUCAAUCUGGGAAAUUGGGCAAGCAUCAGUUUAUAGAGCUCUUUCUAAAUGGCUAAGACGUUUUUGUAAGAGACCAAGGCUGUUUGUGACAAAGAACUAUGACAUGGGGACCCUCAAUGCAGCAAGCUUGACACCACUAUCUGUUCUUUGUGAGAGAAGAGCAGAACCCAGGAAAUCUUUAUCACUACCUACAGUUUCACCACUCAAAAUCUCCAAUUCUACCUCUAUAAACGCGAGCCGAUCAACUACACAACAGUGUCUAUCUAGGACUUUACAUAGUGGUAUAGUGCUACUAUCUUCAGUUCUUAGUACUGGGCUGGCUAGAGCUAUAACAUAUGAAGAAGCAUUAGAUCAGUCUGCGAGCUUCUUCUCAUCUGAUUUUGAUGCAAAUGGGAUCCUAGAUAGUGUCAUAAAAUUUGGAACAGAAAAUCCAACAAUUAUAGCUGGUGGUGUUACAGUUUUGGCAGUGCCACUGGUUCUGUCUCUGGUGCUAAACAAAUCCAAGUCAUGGGGUGUUGAGUCUGCAAAAAAGGCUUAUGUAGCGUUGGGUGAUGAUGCAAAUGCUCAGUUGCUUGAUAUAAGAGCACCAGUGGAGUUUAAACAAGUGGGCAGUCCUGAUAUCAGGGGUUUGGGUAAGAAACCAGUGUCCAUUGCUUAUAAAGGUAAAGAUAAGCCAGGUUUCUUGAAGAAGCUGUCUUUGAAGUUCAAGGAACCAGAGAAUACCACAUUGUUCGUUCUAGACAAAUUCGAUGGCAACUCUGAGUUGGUUGCAGAGUUGGUCACUGUAAAUGGAUUUAAAGCAGCUUAUGCAAUCAAAGAUGGUGCAGAAGGACCCCGGGGAUGGAUGAAUAGUGGGCUUCCCUGGAUACCACCAAAGAAAGCUUUGAGUCUUGACCUUGUUGAUUUAUCAGAGACUAUCAGUGGUGCACUAGGAUCAUGGCCAGAUUUAGAUGGGAGCCAGGGCACCCUUGGCCCACUUGUAGCUUUGAUUCCUAUUCUUGGUUUGAAUCUCAGAAUAUUGGAGGGCUCUGAUGCCUUGAGUGUCACCUUUGCAAUUGCAGCUGUUACUGGGUUAAGUGUAUUGGCAUUCUCAGAGAUUGAAGCCAUACUCCAAGUAUUAGGCUCAGCUGCACUAAUUCAGUUUGUGAGUAAGAAAUUCCUGUUUGCUGAGGACCGUAAGCAAACUCUGGAGCAAGUUGAUGAAUUUUUGACCACCAAGAUUGCACCUAAAGAGUUUGUGGAUGAAUUGAAGGACAUAGGGAAGGCUCUUCUGCCAGUACCAGUGACUAGCAAGGCUCUUCCUGCACCUGCAGAAGCAAUUCCAGAACCUCCUGCUGCUGCUGAAAGUACUGUACAGAACGCAGAAGCUGCUCCCCAGAUAAAUUCAGUACCCAAUACAGGAGCUAAAGCUGAACCAGUUUCUGGAUCUUCAAGGCCACUGUCUCCAUAUCCAUCUGACAGAAUUUCCCUUUCGCAUGCACUCCAUCGAUGGCCAGAACAAAAGCUCAGCCUGCUCGAAAACGAAGCAGAAGCCAAAGGCAAACCGAGGACAAGAUCACCAGCAAAUGCCCAAAAAGGUACAUCCACACAAACGCAGAGGAAAAAGCACCGCUUCCAUCCAGGGACAGUAGCUCUCCAGGAAAUUCGGAAGUACCAGAAGACAUGGAAGUCACUCAUACCAGCUGCUAGCUUCAUUCGAUGUGUAAGAAUGAUUACCCAGGAGUUUUCCCAAGAAGUUAACCGUUGGACUGCUGAAGCUUUAGUUGCAAUUCAGGAGCGUCCCCAGCCCGAACCAGACCCCCCAAAGCCACUUCUCCAGACUCCAUUGCUAUCACGAACCAGAGUCCCCAAACCAAUGAAAAAGGAUUUUGAGCUGGCUCGUCGACUUGGAGGAAAGGGACAACCUUGGUGA